AUGAGGUUCCAACCUGCUAUUUUUAGUGUUUCUCUUGGCCGAGCAUGGCUCUACGAUCUUGAAAACAAAAUUGAGCAGGCCAGCAAGGCAGGAUUCAAGGGUAUCGAGAUCUUUUACGAGGAUCUCGACUAUUCCGCACGCAAGUUAGCUGGCAAUGACCACCCGACGACCGAGCAGAUCCUGGAAGCCGCCGACCAUUGUCACAAGACAUGCCAACAGAAUGGCCUGACCAUAAUUGGUAUGCAGCCGUUCCUUUUCUAUGAGGGACUCACAGACCGGGCGCAGCACGCCAAAAUGAUCGAGAAGAUGAAGCUGUGGCUUCAGAUUGCGAAGCGCCUGCACACAGAUGUCAUCCAGAUUCCCUCGCACUUCGUCCUCGAGGGCCAGGAGCACACCAUCACCGAGGACCGCGAAAUUAUCGCUAGCGACUUGAGAGAGUUGGCAGACAUGGGCCUUGCCGAAGAGCCACCGAUCCGCUUUGCGUACGAAAACCUCUGCUGGGCCAAGUAUAUAGACACGUGGGAGAGCUUGUGGGAUAUCGUCAAGCGUGUGGACCGACCCAACUUCGGAAUGUGUCUCGAUACGUUCAACAUUGCCGGCUCUGUAUGGGCUGACCCGUCCUCGCCCACUGGAAAGACGCCAAACGCCGACGUUGAUCUGGAACUGUCUUUGCGGAGGCUUGUCGAGGAGGUGGAUGUCAACAAGGUCUUUUACAUUCAAAUUGUGGAUGCGGAGCGUCUCUCCUCGCCUCUUGUCGCUGGCCACGAGUUCUACACAGAAGGCCAGCCUUCUCGCAUGAGCUGGUCGCGCAACGCUCGGGCCUUCGCCUUUGAGGAGGAGUACAAUGCGUAUCUCCCAGUGGAGCAGAUAGCGAACGCCAUAAUUGACGGCCUGGGGUAUAGGGGAUAUAUCUCGAUGGAAUUAUUCUCCAGGACUUUGGCGUAUGAGGGGGAGCAUAUCCCAGCCGAACAUGCGCAGAGGGGCAUGAGAGCUUGGAAGAGAGUUGUUGAGAGACUAAAGCUUCAACUGCACUGA